AUGCACGGCGUUACACUGGAUAACGCGACAUUCGAUCCGGAAACACAUGGAGACGACAUCGACGUCACGGCAAGAAACGAGGACGGCAAGACACCCCUGAUGCACGCGAUUGAUUAUGAAGACGAAGAGAUGGUGAAGAUGUUACUUGCUCGAGACGAUCUCGACGUAAACGUAAGGGACAGGCACGGGCGCACUGCGUUACAUCGUGCUAUUAUGUAUGGAGUGGUCUCGAUUUUGGUGGAACUAUUGCUUGGACGGAAUGAUAUUAACACGGAGAUCAGAGAAGGGGGUGGUCGGACGCCGAUGGAUCAGGCCAUUGAGGACAACAAUCAGUCGGCUAUUGAGGUAUUGAAGGAUCGGCGCGGUAACCAUAAUCUUGAGCAGUAG